AUGGGGAAUAUUGUACGUGCACGAGUUCACUUGCUCGAAACUGGUACAGUCCCCUACCUCAUCCAAUAUAUUACCAUUAGUCCGAGACUACACUUCCAUUUUCUCAAAAUUUUACAAUAUGCUAGGAAGAGAAAAAAAAAACAGUUGGUGGAUGGCGAAUAUUUGAAGGAAAUUGAGAGAGCUCGAAGAGACUUCCGCGCUCUCAUCUCUGCCAACCAAUGUGCUCCUAGUAUGCUUCGCUUAGCAUGGCACGAUGCAGGUACAUAUGAUGCAAAGACUAAAACAGGAGGCCCGAAUGGCUCAAUCAGAACCAAGUAUGAAAUGGAGCACAGAGCCAACCGUGGCCUCAAAACAGCUGUUGCUCUUUGUGAAGAAAUAAAGGCUAAACACCCAAAGAUCACUUAUGCAGAUCUUUAUCAGCUUGCUGGAGUUGUUGCAGUUGAAGUCACAGGCGGUCCAACCAUCGACUUUGUUCCUGGACGAGUGGACUCCACGGAAUCUCCAGAGGAAGGACGCCUUCCUAAUGCAGAUUUGGGUGCUGCACAUUUGAGAGAAGUAUUUUACAGAAUGGGAUUUACUGACAAGGAUAUUGUCGCGCUAUCAGGAGGCCACACACUGGGUGAGGCGCAUAAGGAAACAUCAGGUUACGAAGGUCCUUGGACUAAAGACCCAAUGAAAUUCGACAAUUCCUAUUAUGUGGAGUUGUUGAAUGGUGAACGACGAGGGUUAUUGAAACUUCCUACUGAUAAGGCUCUUGUAGAGGAUCCUAGAUUUCGACGCUAUGUUGAGCUCUAUGCUAAGGAUGAAGACGCGUUCUUUAGAGAUUAUGCAGAAUCACACAAGAAGCUCUCAGAGUUAGGGUUCAAUCCACCCAUGCCUUGGAGAAAGAUUGUUUCCAAGGCUGCACUUGGUGUAAUUGUCUCUGUUACUGUAAUCAUCUUGUAUGAAUUAAACAAGAAUGAAUAGAAUAUACAAAUGCUGAAAUACAUAUAUAUAGUACCAAAUAAAAACUGAGAAUUUCUUUACUGUUCCCUAAUUUAAGAAAUAAAGGAAAUGAAUUCCAUCUCA